AUGGGGCAGGGGAGUACAGGAAAAGGACCUGGGGGAUUCAGAGAUGGGGCAGGGGAGUACAGGAAAGGGACCUGGGGGAUUCAGAGAUGGGGCAGGGGAGUACGGGAAAGGGACCUGGGGGAUUCAGAGAUGGGGCAGGGGAGUACAGGAAAGGGACCUGGGGGAGUCAGAGAUGGGGCAGGGGAGUACAGGAAAGGGACCUGGGGGAUUCAGAGAUGGGGCAGGGGAGUACAGGAAAGGGACCUGGGGAUUCAGAGAUGGGGCAGGGGAGUACGGGAAAGGGACCUGGGGGAUUCAGAGAUGGGGCAGGGGAGUACGGGAAAGGGACCUGGGGAUUCAGAGAUGGGGCAGGGAGUACAGGAAAGGGACCUGGGGGAUUCAGAGAUGGGUCAGGGGAGUACAGGAAAGGGACCUGGGGGAUUCAGAGAUGGGGCAGGGGAGUACGGGAAAGGGACCUGGGGUAUUCAGAGAUGGGGCAGGGGAGUACAGGAAAGGGACCUGGGGGAUUCAGAGAUGGGGCAGGGGAGUACAGGAAAGGGACCUGGGGGAUUCAGAGAUGGGGCAGGGGAGUACAGGAAAGGGACCUGGGGGAUUCAGAGAUGGGGCAGGGGAGUACAGGAAAGGGACCUGGGGGAUUCAGAGAUGGGGCAGGGGAGUACAGGAAAGGGACCUGGGGGAUUCAGAGAUGGGGCAGGGGAGUACAGGAAAGGGACCUGGGGGAUUCAGAGAUGGGGCAGGGAGUACAGGAAAGGGACCUGGGAGAUUCAGAGAUGGGGGGAUUCAGAGAUGGGCAGGGGAGUACAGGAAAGGGACCUGGGGGAUUCAGAGAUGGGGCAGGGGAGUACAGGAAAGGGACCUGGGGGAUUCAGAGAUGGGGCAGGGAGUACAGGAAAGGGACCUGGGGGAUUCAGAGAUGGGGCAGGGGAGUACAGGAAAGGGACCUGGGGGAUUCAGAGAUGGGGCAGGGGAGUACAGGAAAGGGACCUGGGGGAUUCAGAGAUGGGGCAGGGGAGUACAGGAAAGGGACCUGGGGGAUUCAGAGAUGGGGCAGGGGAGUACAGGAAAGGGACCUGGGGGAUUCAGAGAUGGGGCAGGGGAGUACAGGAAAGGGACCUGGGAGAUUCAGAGAUGGGGCAGGGGAGUACAGGAAAGGGACCUGGGGGAUUCAGAGAUGGGGCAGGGGAGUACAGGAAAGGGACCUGGGGGAUUCAGAGAUGGGGCAGGGGAGUACAGGAAAGGGACCAUGGGAAAAACUGCUCCUUUGACAUGCUGCUGUAUCUCUCCAUCGAUCCCGUGUUCAGGGAGGUGGUGGAGGUGGUGAGGAGGGGCGAGUGUGUGGGUAUUGAUCUUCAGUGUGGCUCUGGUGAUGGCCUCAGGGUGGCCCCAACUCUAGAGACAGCAGGGGAAAGACUGCCCCUGGCACAGAGAGCAGUCCCCUAA